GCAGCGGCGGGCGCGAGGUGGCGGCGGCGGGACGCGGGCUCCGUGUCCUCGUGUCCAGGGGUCCGCGGGCGGGGUGCUGCGGCCUUCCCGUCGGGAUCCCGGCAUGAGCCGCGCCUUGCAGGCUCUCCGCGCUCUGCGGCUGCGGCUCGUGGGGCCUGCCAAGGAGCUGGUGGGCACCGACCAGUUUGGCAACAAGUACUACCGGGUGCCCAAGUACGAGAGCCGCGCAGGGCAGAUUAUACCAGAAAGAAGAUUUGUAGAAGCAGUAAAUCGUGAAGCAUAUCAGUAUCAAAUUGGUGACUUUCCAGCAGAAUGGGAAGCAUGGAUAAGAAAAAAGAGAGAAGAUCCACCCACAAUUGAGGAGAUUCUUAGGAAUGAAAGUUAUAGAGAAGAAAUGAAGCAGAAAGUCAAGGAUGUAUCUGAAAAGGACAAGCUGCUUCAGGCCAAGGAGUAUGAGGAAGGACUUGUUGCUGAACCAAGUCAUACUCAGGUUAAAGGCCACGCAUCUGCCCCUUACUAUGGAAAGAAGGAGCCCUCACAAGACCCCACGAGCACUGCAAAUACCUUCCAGCCAGGUGCCUGGAUGCCACCAGGCAGUGGUAGUAGUCAAAAUAAAUGAACAAUUUAAUGGA